UGCGCAGAACGACAGGUGGUCGCGAGUCGAGCCAGCUACCCCGAGGCCCGACCGAACAUCGACUUCUCAUGCUCAUCAUCAGCCGCUAUCGUGUUCAAGCAAGAACGAUAUGCAGUGCUUUGUGUUCAAGUGGUCGUGGUGACAUGGCGUCCGUGUUUUAAGUGUUUUAAAAGGUGUUAAUGCGUUAAAAGUUGUGUUUAUUUACAAUGAAUGUGAAUUAUGACCGUGUUUGUAGACUGUGCUUGUCAUCUCGAUGUGAAUUACUACCGAUAUUUCCUACCACCAGUUCGGAUGACUCGGAUCCUCCUGUCCUCGCUUCGAAAAUAAAAGACUGCGUGUCAGUGCAGAUAAGCGAAAAUGACGUUCUGCCAACCAAUGUCUGCAGGAAAUGCAUGGAUAAUGUCAACAACUGGCAUAUAUUUAAGGCUGUGUGUGAGAGGAGCCAAAACAAAUUACAGUCUCUGACUAACAAGGAAAGCAGCCAACUUGAAGAGUUGAAUAUAAAAAAUGAGCCUCUAUCUGAUGAAGCCUAUGAUGAUGGAGUGGUCAUUGAUGGAUCAUACCCAGACAGUGAGAAUGCUGGCCCAUCAAAUAAAUUGCAGCCAGAGGGUCCCCCGAUUUUGGCUUCACUGGGGCUUACGCCAAGAAGUGAUAAGGGCGUGGAUAGUGAAAAGGACGAGGAUUAUGAAGAGGAAGAAGAUCGCGAAGAAAUGACCGAGCAGCAGUCUUAUAGAAGUGUGCCUCAAAUGCCUGAAGUUUCCAUCACCGUCAUGCGCCCAACUGGGGAGACUCUUCACGCUCGUCAAGGUAUUCAACAGAUCGCCUCUAAGGACUGUCUGGUUUGCGGCCGCUCCUACAGAUACUCACACAAUGCACGCAGACAUGAACUGGGUGCCCACGGUUUCGACAGAUACACUAACAAAACCACAGCAAAGAAAUCAUCCUACAGUCAUAUGCUACCCAAAUUUAGGCCCAAUCCUUUCAACCCUAAAGCACGUUUGAUGCCGAAUCCAAUCAACCACAAAAUGCAAUACAUACCAAAACCUGUCCCAACUAAAAUGAUGCCCCAGAAAGUUGUUGCACCACCAAAACCUAUUCCAAUUAGAACCCCUAAAACUCAGCAGAACAAUUUACCAUACCCCCUUCGCAUUAAAGCUUUAAAAGACCUGCAAAUAAAGAAAAAGGAACCACAAAUAUUGAAAACUUUACUUACAUCGAAGCCUGAAGUUUUAGUUUCCGAACCUGAAAUAAUAAACUCUGGUCCAGAAAGUCCCGAGACAUUGAUCUCCGAACCAGAAAUAGCAUCCUUUCAAGUGGAGACAAUUCUAUCAGAGCCAGGUGGCUUUAUCAAUCAACCCCACGAAGACGAUGAGAUGGAAGAUGAUAAUAAUCAAGAGCAGAACUAUGACACUGUUGAUAUGGAAUCUGAUAAUGAAAUAGAAAUCGCUCAGAAGCAAGAAAACAAUAUUGAUAUUGAAGAGAAUCAUAUUGGAGUUGAUGCUGAAGAACAGGCACAAGAAGACGAAAACAAUGAUGAAGGUGAUCAUGAAAAAGAACGUAUGGAAGAUAAUGUGGAUAGUCAAGACAUGAGUAUCGAGAAUAAUAUUAAUGCAGACCUUGUAACAACCGCUAAAGAAGAACAGGAUGAAGAUAACGGCGAAAAGGAAAAUAACGACCAAGAUGCCAAUCACGAAGACAAUGAAGAUGACGAAGAUAUGCCCCCAAUGAGCAUUGCUCCUGUGGUCGAGAUUAAUGAAGAUUUACAAAAUAACUCUUACAACAGUGAAGGUAAUGAAGAUGAAGACCUCGACGAGACAGUCGAUCCCAAUGACACUGUUGAUGGUGAUGAACCAACAGCAAAAGAGUUAGAUCCAAAUAAAGUGUAUGUUACUAAAUCACAAAGAGAUUUCAUUUUGCAAUAUCGUGAUAUUAUUGAACAAAUCAACACGAAGCUUUGUCUCUGUUGUAAUAAAGAACAUCCGCGUAGAAAAGCGGUAAUACAACAUUUACAGAAAAAUGGGCAUAAAGUUCCUAAACAUACAUGCUAUAAUUGUGUGGUUACAUUCACUCACAUCGGAGCUUUACUCAGCCACAUGAGAGCUAACACUUGUACCAAUCUGUGGAAAAUAAUUUACGAUGAAAAAGGCAUCCCUGAUGAUAUGGUAGUGGAAGAUGAUGAAGAACCAAAAGACGUGAAAGUUCAAUAUAAAGACAUUCUCAAUGCAAGAUCUUAUGCAUGCAAAUUGUGUCCAGCCAAAUUCCAAUUGAAGCAGUUUAUAAUGAAGCACGUCCUAGACGUUCACGAAGAUGGCCAAUCUCGAGUCCCUCAUUCCUGCGUUCAUUGCGGGUUACGAUUCAAAGAAAAAAGUAUCGGCAAGAAGCACAUUCGCAAUGGAGAUUGUACUGUUUACAUCGCUUGCGAUUUAUGUUCUGAGAAAUUCUCGACUACACACGAGUUUAACGAACACGCCGUAGCCGCCCACGCGGGCAGCUUCGACCCGGACAGCCAGAGCAAGUGCGUCGACGGCAGGCCGACGGACUGCCCCAUCUGUGGAAAGAAGAACAGCAGCUAUCCUAAUUUGGUCAAACACUUGAGAGCGAUACACGACGAUGAAAAACCUCAUCACUGUCAACAUUGCGAUGCCAAGUUCGAACAAGCGUCCGAAAUUAACAAACAUAUUUACAUGGAGCACUCCAAUCGAAUGCUGGGUAUGACCACCGAGCCCGACAUGUCGCUCGUGAAGGAGGAAGCCGAGGAGUACCACUACUCGUGCACGGAGUGCAACGCCAUCUUCGAAACCGUCGACGCGUGGACCGACCACCAGGUCGCGGAACACAACCAGAUCGCUCACCACUGCGACCAGUGCGAGAAGAAAUUCUUGCGUCCGUCAGAACUCGCCGAACAUAAAAAUACACAUCUCCGAGUUAAAUUCUACCCAUGCAGUAUUUGUUCCAACUCUUACAGCUCUCCACAGAAACUGUCCGAACACCUCCAACAGGCUCACCCCAGUGGUGGUCGAAAUUCGGAUAGUGAAUUUUACUGCGAUAUAUGCGUACGAUCGUUCAAGAGCCGUCAGGCGUUUUCUAAUCAUAUGCGUAUUCAUGCUAAAGUGCCCACAACUAAUAGGAAACCUGGUGAACCGAAGGGCUUUCCACCUCAAAUAAUAGGAAAGCCCAUUAAACAAUUUUCAAUGCAACCCGGAUUCAGCCCAUUUGUGCCGAACGCCCCUUACUGCUGUGACAUUUGUGGAAAAGGAUUCAUGCAUAAGAAAAACAUAUGGAAGCAUAAGAAGGUGUUGCAUGCAGAUAUUCUCAAUGACAGAGUCGAUAGCGAAGAGAAUACUAUGCACGCGUCUACCGAGGAAGACGAUUACAAUGUGGACGAAAAUGGCGCAAUUCUGUCUACUCCGCAGUUCAAUAGUUUCAACUUUACAAACCUUUCCAACAAUAUGCAACAGACAUCACAAGAUGCGCUCCCAUACUCCUGUGACAUAUGUUAUAAGCGCUUCCCGCUUAGAACGAGUUUGUGGAAGCACAAGAGAGCUAAACAUGGAAUCGCGUAUGGUUCAAACGCAGGUGGCUCUGAAGGCCAACCGGCACCGACGCCGUCAGAAGGCAGGUCGAGUUGCACCAUAUGUAAAAUAUCAUUUCCCGAUAAGAAGUCUUACUACCGUCACAGAAAAAACAUUCAUAAAUCUUCCGUACAGAUGUGCAAAAUUUGUGGAAAACCACUCAGCUCGACCUUAGAACUUUACGAGCAUUUGAAGGCAGCGCAUGCUCGUGAAUUGUUGGGUUAUGACGCCAAUCAAGGAACGAGUAAGCAAGAGGCCGUACAAGAGGCGGAGCCGGACUACGAUGCAGAACAAGAUCUGGUCGACCCCGGUGCUGAGUUCCAAGCGCGAUAUCCAUGUGAUACUUGUGGCAAACAGUUUGUUGGCUUAUUGGCUUUGCAAAACCAUCAGUGUAUCAAUCAGAUAACAUCGCAGCCGCAAACCUUCGACUGUGAAAUAUGUCACAAGAGCUACACUUCGAUCGCCGCUUUGAAGAGCCACCGCGGCUGGCAUCUGAGGUCUCCCGACGGUAAGGCGGCCGCGAAUAACACGGGACUCUGGAUGCCUCAGAAUAAAGUUACGACGAAAAUAAGUAAACACGAGGUUACCGAACCCAUACCGACUCGCGCGUCCCAACCGACGCCGACCACCAGCGUGCCAAAGAGGAGGUUACCACCGGAAGUGGAGGUCACAGUGGUUAACCCGAAUAAGAAGUUACGGUCUGAUGAUUCUAUCGAAAUGGAACACCAAAAUAACUUGUCCGGUGGACCCGAAGACAGGUACUGUAACAUUUGCGACAAAGAGUUUACCAAGCGAGCUGCAUAUCAGCGUCACAUGGACGAGGUGCACCAACCUAAUUCUGUGUUCUGCCCAGUCUGCGAUAAGAGCUUCACUCGAAAGUCUACGCUCAUCGUGCAUAUGAAGAAACAUUACGAAGGAGGGGAAGGGACGUCUAGUUUGGGUCAAAUGGAGGAUGACGGGCACGCGUGUGACGUUUGCGGCGCUCAGUUCGACAGCGUGAAGGAUUUGAGUAAGCACAAGGCCUUGCAUCACGCGGAAGACUCCGGCGGCGACUCGGACGACGACGGCAGCAUGCCGAUGCCGCAGCCCGGGGAAUUCACGUGCGGCCAGUGCGGCGACGGCGUGGCCACUCCGCGCGACCUCAUCGCGCACCGCUCGAUGCACGCCACGCCAACCAAGUUCUUCUGCAACAUUUGUAAAGUUUACUUCGCGCGCGCCCUCGACCUGUCCUCUCACACUCGAGCCAGGCACUCGGACAACGAGAAAGUUUUCUUCCCUUGUGCUAUGUGCGACCGAUUUUAUAUGAACAAAAAGAGUUUGCAACGGCACAUUGAAAUGAUGCACUGAUUGCUUUAAGUUGCAAUCGGUCCUGCUUUAAGUUCAAUUAUAUAGAGGGACAUUGACCGUGACUUAAAUUGAAUGAGGUUUCCUUAGAGUGGCGAGUACAGAAAUAAGAAUAAAAAUAGAAAUGUUAUAAGAGUGUGAGACUGUGGCUAAUUCUGUUCUACACAAUCUUUAAACUAAACUGCAUUGACGGGUCUAAAUCUAGCGCUAUCCUUCUCGGCAGGGAGCAUUACGAAAGGGAUAGC